AUGUCGACGCAGCUGCGGCUCCUCCAGACGUCGGCCCAGAUGCCGAUCCAGCUGCUGCUCCUCCACGCGUCGGCCAACCAGAUGCCGAUCCAGCUGCUGCUCCUCCACGCGUCGGCCAAGAUGUCGAUGCAGCUGCUGCUCCUCCAGACGUCGGCGGCGAAUGCACCAGACAAGAAGGUUCGGCCCCUCAGUGAACUUUAUGCGAGCUGCGCCAUCGUUGUCCAGCGGGUGCGCACGGAGAAGAUCAUCGGGAAUUUGACUGAUACCAUCAUCGCUGGCGGUGGCAGGGCAGUUUUAUUCGUGGAGUGCACCCGUGGCGAUGAGACGCCAUUGCGAGCCAGGGCGAGGUCAGCUGCCAAAGUAUUCAGCCACGAACGCCAGAUCUGCGAGGCGAGCUUGGUGAGCAUUGCCGACGUGCACGAUGAAGAUACGGUAAAACAGAAGAUUGUUCAAACUGAUUGGGAGGGUGCUGUUGCAUAUGCACUUGUUGGUGACGUCCAGCGCUAUCUGAUUGUGAAGUUCAAUUUGCUAACGUGGCUUCAAUGUGUAGAUCGUGGGACUGCUGAGUGUUACCAGUAUUGUUUCUCUGCAGUGAGGCCUCGUUUCAGUUUCGCUAAGAAGUUCGAUCGACACGUUCAUGUGUCCACCACAGACAAGGAUGCUGCCAUCGCAAAGGCGUUCAACAGGCCUCCUGGUCCUGGUGAUGGCUGCGCAGAGCUUCGGUUUGGUUGCCACGUGCACGUCGCCAGCAGCGUGAUCGGCAAGGCAUCCAAUUGCAUGAAGGACGAUAUCAGCUCUCUCGUGCAUCUCACGUUGAGCUUGAACCAACCUGGGGCGAUGCAGCAUUUCAGAACAUUGCUCCGCAAGAUGGUUGCCAAUGUGCAGGUAUUCGUUGGUGUUCCACCGCAGCAGCACACAGAAUAUCGCCAGCAGGUUUUGGACAUGCUGUUCGAGGGGUGCGAGGCGACCGACCGAGUCAGACGCUCGGUCAUUGAUGCACUGGCCAACGGCGACUGGACCAACCAUCACGUCAUCGAGCAUUGGAGCCCA